AUGGGUUUAUCAUUUUCAAAAUUAUUUGCCAAUCUUUUUGGGAACAGAGAAAUGAGAAUUUUAAUGGUUGGUUUGGAUGCUGCUGGUAAAACCACCAUAUUGUAUAAAUUGAAGUUGGGUGAAAUUGUCACCACUAUUCCAACCAUUGGUUUCAAUGUUGAAACCGUUGAAUACAAGAACAUCUCUUUCACAGUGUGGGAUGUCGGUGGACAAGAUAAAAUUAGACCAUUGUGGCGUUAUUAUUUCCAAAACACACAAGGUAUUAUUUUCGUUGUAGACUCCAACGAUAGAGACCGUAUUGCUGAAGCUAGAGAAGAAUUACAACAGAUGUUGAAUGAAGAUGAAUUGAGAGACGCAUUAUUGUUGGUUUUCGCUAACAAGCAAGAUUUACCAAAUGCAAUGAAUGCUGCUGAAAUAACUGAAAAAUUGGGCUUGCAUUCCAUUAGACAAAGACCAUGGUACAUCCAAGCUACCUGUGCUACUACUGGUGACGGUUUGUACGAAGGUUUGGAAUGGUUAUCGACCAAUUUGAAGAAGUCAGGAUAA